AUGGAGACUACGAAAAAGUGCAAACUGUCAGAGUGGAUGAAAACCCAAAUGAAUAGUUCAUUUUCAGAUGAAUUAGGCUGUGCAACAGAUGCAACUGAUGAGGAACAAGACGACUUACCUUAUGAUGGAGAUGUGGAAAUAACCUGUAAAUACAACAAUAAUACAGACAAUUUGAAUGACUGUACUUGUACAAAAGAUGUUUUUGGUAUUUUAUGCUGUACUGAAGAUAACAAAAACAUAAAAGCAACAGCAAAUUAUGAAACUCAUCUACAGCCUGAAGAAUUCUCCAAUCACCACAGAGGUGCCAAAGGAACAACAGGAAUUUCAGUUGAAACACCUGGAAGCGAAGCUUCCUUCAAGAAGGAAUCACCUGUUGGUGGUUUUAGUAAACCAGAGAGCAAAGAACAUGUAACUCGCUCAAAAAUGUCCAAUGUCUUUUUGCGUCAUUUUUCUAAGGGAGAGUUAAUAAGCACAUGCCAGUUAAUUGAAUGCGAGACAAUCCCAGAGACAUCCUUUACUGAAAGUAUCGAUGACGCUGUGAGCACACCUGAGCCUUCAGAACAUGGCAAAGGCCCUUUGGCGCAGGAACAACCAGCAACUAACUGCCAAGAAUGUACCUUAGAAAAGCACGAGGAAGUAAACACUGGUGAUAAAAGUCAAAAUUCGCUGAAUGAAAAUAGAUGUGCUUCAAAUAAAUCUGUUUCUUCUACUGGUAAGUGCAGCUGCAGACAAGGAAAUUCACAAUUGAUCAGUGAGAAUGAAGAUACACACGUGUCUCAAAACAUGAAAAAAGACAGAGACCUGCUUAAGGAAAGAGAUUCCCCUCACAAGCUCAGAUAUGGCCAAGGUCAAGCUCACUAUUGCGUUUGUGACUUCCCCGAAGUUGCUUCAGAAGUUAAAAUACCAAAAAGAAGUGACAAUAUUAACUCAGUUCCCACAAUUGAAAGAACAAAACCCUUCCCUAUUUUGCUAAGUCAGUCACUAAUUGUGAAUAAGAUUCUAGAAAAUAAGAACUAUUUCAAUUCUGCUGAAGUACAGAACCAAGAAGAAAGGAGCAUUCCAGAACUGGUGCAACAGCUAGAGAUGCUUCCUCAGUCAGAUUUUCCAAAAGCCAGCAUUGCCAUUUACUCAGGAGGAUUACAGUGUGGAACAACAGCAUCAGCAUUACCAGCAGCUGGUACAGUAGAAGCACACUGUCUAAAUCCUUCCAAUUUACUGCCAGAACCAACACUAGGAGAAAAGAUGUCUCAAAUACUAAAGGAUCAGACCGAUCAACUGAUAAAGAAAGUGGAAGACUUCUCUAUGCGUAAAACCCAAGAGACAUGCCUUUUACAAGACAACUAUCCGGCAUUAAAUCAAUUGAAAAGACACCUUGAUGCCUUGGAAAGGAAUUACUUAGCAACUAGAGAAGAGCACCAUAAUUUACAGCUGCAGAACUACAAGAACAAGUCUAUCAACAUUGGAGAGUUUGAUCCUGAAAGAAAGGUAGAAGGGGAAAUAUUUAGGCUUGGUAUGCUGCUUGAAGACAUCCAAGAACAAACUGAUGACAGCAAAAGCAACUCGUCGUCUUUGCUUACUUCCUAUGAAUCUGCCCAUUCAUCAUAUUCUCUUUGUGAGGGCUUACAUACAGAUGCCCUAGAGGAUACAGAGAUCAAUUUAAACUCAGGAAUUACAAAGAACCUGUUCAGUCUUGUACCCUAUGUAGAAAUAAAAGUUCUGGUUCAUCCUGUAACCUCAAUGACUCCAGCUUAUGCACAGAAGGUAAUCUCCACUCAAAAGGCUCAAAAAAGUAAACGGCUACAUGAACUUGUAAACAGACUUUCUGAAAGGCAAAACUUUGAGGCUGCCAAACCCUGCUAUUCAAGCACACAUGAUAAAAUUACUCUUUCACAUCAAUACUUACCCAGCAAGAAGUCUGCCCGAAGCAAAUCUGCAAUCAACAUCAGAAACACAAAUGCCAAUGAUUCCAACGCAAAUAUUUUAAGUUCUACUCUGGAUCAUGCCAUACAGACAGCAAAUGGUUUGAAGAAAGCUACAGAACGAAUGGUACGAGCAGUUUCAGAAGAUCUAGCUAAAAUUAAAAGAAAACAGCUUUAA